GGAAAGUCCCUGGCAGAGACAGGGCGUUGAGGUGGGAGGGGAGAGGCCCCAGGCAGCCCAGGUCAGGACCACACCCAUCAGCAUGAAGGUGGGGACUGGGGGGCCAAUAUCAUGGCUCUUGGUCACUGACCACAGGGGAAGCUCUUUGGCAAUAUCAGAAAAGAAGAAGCCAGAUUGUAAAAGGAAGUGCUGUUCAUUCUGGGCAGGCAUGUUUGGGGAGGGCUCCCACCUCCCAGUCCUCGGAAGGAGCCUGCUCCUGCCUCUCCGGUGGUCAGAUUAGCCUGAGGCAGCCCCUCCACAGAGCCUCCCCUCUGGCCUAGAGGCUCUGCUUGUUUUCUCAUCCUCCCGAGGAGAGCAAGGCGAUGGGUCUGCCCCUGCUGCUGCUCCUGCUGCUGCCCCUGCUGCCGCCAGCAUCUCUGCAGGCUGGUGGCUCAGCAAAAUGCACUUCAAACCUUGAUUAUGAAGUCAAACAACCAGAGCACCUCUCAGCCCCUGAGGGUGGCUCCAUCGACAUCCCCUUCUCCUUCUGUUACCCCGGGGAGUUAGCCAGUGAUCCCAAAGUGGGUAUAUCCUGGAGAUGGAGAGACUUCCAUGGAGAGUUCAUCUACAACACAACCCUGCAAUUCACCCAUGAGGAUUUUAAAAACCGCCUCUCCCUGAACUGGACAAAGGCCCAGAGGAACGGCUCCCUCCGGAUCUCUAACCUGCGGAGAGAGGAUGAAUGUAGGUACUUCUGCCGAGUCCAGUUGACCACACGGAACGAAGGCGAGCAGGUGUGGCAGUCCAGGGAAGGGACCAAACUCACCAUCACCACAGGUGAGUCCCGCUGCCCCGGCCACUGGUGGAGCCCCAGCUAG